UUAGAGACCCGACAACUCGUUUGGACGACCGGUUCGGUGGACAUGAAGUCAGGAAUGGAUGGUUUGGUGGACUUGAGAGAAGUGAAAGAAGUGAGGAUUGGACCCAUUUCUAAGAUAAUGGACAAAAUGCUUGAGGAGGACGUGUUCAGGAAAUGGGAUAAACAGCAGUGUCUUAGUCUACUCUAUGGACAGCAAUUCCGACUCAAGACCCUCUCGUGCAUCGGUAGGUCUCACUCUCCAACACNUAAGAUAAUGGACAAAAUGCUUGAGGAGGACGUGUUCAGGAAAUGGGAUAAACAGCAGUGUCUUAGUCUACUCUAUGGACAGCAAUUCCGACUCAAGACCCUCUCGUGCAUCGCCAACACUCCUCACGAGUGCGAGCAAUGGGUUCGUGGCCUCAGGUUUCUGGUGGAAGAGACUCAGAGAGCAUCUCAUUGUCUUCAGUUGGAGCUAUGGCUUAAAAAAGAGUUCAAUUUGACUGAAAACUCCAAAUCCGUCAUAACUCUCAAGGAAUUGAAGGCAUUUCUGACGAGAAAUAAUAGUAAACUUCAAAACAAUAAAUUGAAAGAAUAUUUCCAAGAAGUCGACCUCAAAAAGACCGGCGAAAUCGGUUUCGACGGCUUCUCCACGUUUUACCACAAUUUGAUUUAUGAGAACAAAAUCUUCUGCGAAUACUUUGCCUCUUAUUCUACGGAUCGCAACCGAAUUACAGCCGAAGAAUUGGUUGACUUUCUGUCCAAAGAACAAAAUGAAGUGAUAUCUGACGGCAUUAAGAGUGUCCACAAACUGAUGAAAGAGUUUCUCAAAGACUCGAAUCAAAAGCGCGAUUCAAACGAUUUGUAUUUCACUAGAAAAGAGUUUAUGAAUUAUUUAUUUUCCAAACAAAACGAUAUUUGGGACACAAGUCAUGAUCAGGUGAACCAAGAUAUGAAUAGACCGCUCACUCACUAUUGGAUCGCAUCGUCACACAACACAUACUUAACCAAAGAUCAGGUGACCAGCGAGUCGUCGACCGAUGCUUACGCCCGUCACCUGACAACCCUGCCGGGCCUGCCGUUUGGUGAGUAUAUAUUUGCCAUUAAUGAAAACGCUUUCAUUACAUCUGAAUAUCCGGUCAUUCUUUCGAUCGAAAACCACUGCACUCUUCCUCAGCAGAGAUAUAUGGCUCAGACAUUCAAAGACAUCUUCGGAGAUCUAUUGCUAACACAACCCAUCGAAAGGGAUGGGGUGGCGAUGCCAUCACCCAAUCAACUGAAGAGGAAGUUUAUUAUAAAACAUAAAAAACUUCCGGAGGGAUCGGAUGAGAAAUUUAUUCAACUCCGGACUACUGACGAUAAUAUUAUGGAUAUGGAUGUCAGCAAUUCGGUUAAGAAUGGCGUUCUAUAUCUGGAGGACCCAAUUGAUAGGGAAUGGAGGCCUCACUUCUUUAUGCUGACCAACGAUAAGAUGUAUUACGCAGAGAAUGACCACAACUCCGAAGAGGACGAAGACAAUGAGAGCGAACGACUUAAUGGUCUGAACCAUAGAGAGGGCACUUUGAUUGGCACUGAAGAGUUGCAUUUGGAUGAGAAGUGGUUUCACGGAAAGCUGGCCGGAGGUCGCAAUCAGGCCGAAGCGCUUCUGCACCGGUAUUCACACUUAGGAAACGGAACAUUUCUGGUUAGGGAUAGCGAUACGUUUGUCGGCGACUAUUCGCUGUCGUUCUGGAGAGAGGGACGAGUGAAUCACUGCCGGAUCAAACAAAAACAAGAGAGAACUGGAACUAAAUACCAUUUAAUAGAUUCAGUCACUUUUGACACACUUUACGGUCUCAUAACUCACUAUCAGUCGCAUCCACUCCGGAGUCAGGAGUUUUCCAUUCAGUUGACUGAACCCGUGCCUCAGCCCAACUCACAUGAAAGCAAGGACUGGUAUCACUCGAGUAUGACUCGAGUCCAGGCCGAGGAUAUGCUUAAACGACUCCGAUAUGACGGCGCCUUUCUUGUGAGGCCUUCCGAGAAGGAGGAGAAUUCGUUCUCCAUAUCGUUCCGAGCCGAUAAUAAGAUCAAACACUGUCGUAUCAAACAUGAGGGAAGGCUUUAUAUUAUUGGAAACGUUCAGUACGAAAGUCUCGUCGAAUUAAUCAGUUUCUAUGAGAAACAUCCUCUCUAUAGAAAAGUUAAACUCAAAUAUCCCACAAACGAAGAAAUUGUCAAAAGGAUCGGUUCUGAACCGAUGGGAACAGAAGGCAAUUACAUGGAUCCCAAUGGCCUCCCAGUGACUGUCAAAGCAUUGUUUGAUUAUAAGGCCGACAGAGGCGAUGAAUUAUCUUUCUGUAAGCACGCGAUCAUAACGAAUGUGAUGAAACUGGAGAAGGGCGGGUGGUGGAGGGGGGACUACGGCGGCAAAAAGCAACACUGGUUUCCCGAAAACUAUGUCCAAGAGAUCGAAGGCCUCGAUAACACUGAAAAGUCUUCAGACGUGAGUCAACCCUUUGGUAAUCUUCAGAAGGGAAGUAUAGAUAUUAUCGGCUGUUCUGUGGUCGCGCAGAACGGGACAGUUAGGGGCAAAGAUCAUGUGUUUAGUGUGGUUUCUCCCACACAAACCACUCCAAUAGAAAUCUCAGCGCAAACUGAAGAAGAUAUGGUCGAAUGGAUUACGAAGAUUAGAGAGACGUCUCAACUCUUUAACGAUAAGAUGAAACAAAAUCAAGAAAUGGAGAAAAGCUUACGAAUAGCACAAGAAUUCUCAAAUCUAAUCAUAUAUUGUCGGGCCGUUCAGUUUGUCCCCGAAAAAAUCGGGAAUUUCACGGAAAUGUCUUCAUUUCCGGAGUCAAAAGUAGAGAAAUGGUUGACACAAAACAACUGCCAAUUUUUGCUCAAAUAUAAUAAAACUCAAUUCACUCGCAUUUACCCGAAAGGCGGUCGAAUAGAUUCAUCGAAUUACGAUCCCAUGAAGAUGUGGUUAAACGGCAUCCAAAUGGCGGCCCUUAACUAUCAGACUCCCGAUAAAGCUAUGCACUUGAAUGGCGCAAUGUUUAGACAAAACGGUCGAUCCGGUUAUGUCCUCAAGAGUGACAUCAUGUUUGACGAGGAUUUCAAUCCUUACAACAGAAGUACACUUAAAAAUGUGGAACCAAUGACUCUGACAGUGAAAAUAUUGGGGGCGAGACAUCUCGUUAAUUCUAAAAGAGGUUAUAUCAGCCCAUGGGUUGAGGUGGAAAUUGUGGGCACAGAAUAUGAUGCCAACAAACAUAAAACACAUACAAUUCCGGAUAACGGUCUGAAUCCCGUGUGGAACCAGUCAUUUAACUUUCUGUAUUCAACAGGUCUAGAUCGUAAAGAUGCCGAACAACACUUGCUGCUCCUGUACAAACCUCUGGGGUUCAGAAGUGUUCCCCUGAAGAAUGAGUACAGCGAAGAGCUUGAAUUGGGCUCACUCUUGGUCCACAUUAGCAUCAAAACAGUUCCGUCCGAAGACCCUAUUUAUAGCUCAAUCCAGGAAUUGAGAGACCGAUCGCGUAAUUUAAAUAGACUCAUAGACGAGGCCGAUAGGGUCGGCGAUUCACUAGAGGCCCAGCGUUUCAGAGCUCAGUUGGGAAGAGUUGAAGAGCAGCUCAUCAAUAAAAAUCAGGAGAGAAUGAGGGGUUCAACAAAUGGCAGUCUUUAAUGAAUCGCAAGACAUUAAUCCCAACACACAAUCAACUGUUUGUUUUUACACGAAUACAAUAUUUUACUAUUACUUACGGAAUUAACUUACAGCUCAUCACCAAAUGUUGACAAUUGUUAUCCUUAAAGCCUUAAAAGUGAUCAGUACUUAACUUAUCAUUAUUUUGUAAAGUGUCUCAAACUAUGGAAAGGCCUUAAUUUUAUUGCCAAAUGAAUUUCUAUAACAAAGAGUUUAUAAUCAUGUUUAUACAUCCAUUACUUAUACCGUCAAACAAUGGCUCUACAUUUAAUCAUCGAGUCUAUGAGAGUAACGCAUUUGUUACCACUUUUGUGGUCUCAUAAAAGUUUAUUUAUUAAUUCAUUUGCUAAACAAUUGCUGUUACAUAACUCGACACAAUAUAAGCUCUCAUACUGUCAUUCCUUGUAUACGUUAUACUGUAUUCUAAGCGGUCAGCUC